GAAGACUGCUCCGUUAAAAUUGUCCUAAGAAGAACAUUGUCUACACUUCGUCUACCCAAUUGCUCGCCCAUUUUUCGUUGGUGAGAAAGAAUACGAUUUAGUGUUAAACCGUUCUAAUUCGGGCUCUAGAAAAAGACCGGACCUUUCAUGUGUGGUGAAUGGUGUACCGAUUCUGAAUUCGGAAUUUAAACCUUUGGGAAAUACACCGUUACAACGAAUGAAGGAUAGGCUGAAGGCGCAGUUAAGGGCUCGAAAAUCCAUUAAUCAACAAUUACAAAAUAAGGGAGGUCCGGGCGAAGCUGUAAUAUUUUUAAACAUGGGCGACUUAAUGGAAUCUUAUUCUAUGGAUCUUAAGUAUGACGGUUUAUACCGUUCCUGGCCAUUCCUCACUACCAGGCUGGUAGUUGACAAGACCAUGAUUCCGCUUGCAGGAGUUGCGAUCCAUCACUUGGUAUCUUUAGAGGAGCACGUUGAACGGAUAGCAAAGGAUUAUAAAUAUAGAGCAUGUCGUAGUGGUAAUACUACACCGAUCGAGCAAAUGUCUUUUAUGCGUAAAUUUCCAGACUCACCACAAUUCGCGAAAAAAGUAAUCGGAAUUACAAAUGGAGCAAAAAAUAAAAAACCAAUGAUUAAAUUUUGCAAUUUGAAAAAAAAAUCGUUUAAAAAUUUAAGAAAUGAAAAUUUCAUAAAGAUUUUAAUAUUGUGCUCAGAAAUUAACAAUAUGCCUGUAUAUCCAUAAUAAAAAAUUAUAAACAUAAAAGCACAUCCAUAAUUAAUUUAUUAAAAAAAUUUGUUGCUAUUUUAAUCAGUUAGUUUUCAAUAAAUUAAAAUUAAAAUUGACUCAAAAAUCCUAUAAAUUUAACCACAUUAAAAUAUUUGGAUUAAUAAUUUUUAUUUGUAUAUGGUGGCGGAACUCUAUACUCAAAAAUGUUUCAAAUUUUUA